CAGCGUUUGUCUCGUCCAUUCCAAGAAUUAGAAGGACAAAGCCUGCCCCUUUCUGUUUUCUUGGGGGGAUUGCCGGUCUCGAGCAUCUUCCUCCGUCAUGAACGCUCCGAAGACGCAGGGCUUCCUGGGUUUCUGGGUCCCAAGCCCGUUCCCUGAAAAGAUGUACAGUUACUUGUUGGUGAGGUUGGUCAGGGUUGGUAGUAGUAAGGGCAAAAGAUCAACUGACGGUGACCGCCUUUGAUUAAGAGAGUGGUAUGGUCAAUUCUUCAUGCAGAUAUCAGAAUUGGGAGGCACAAAGAUCUUAAAUAAGAUCUUCCCACCGCAGUUCCCACCGCCUCCUAAGGUGACCAACAUGACGCAUGACCCUUUAGAACAAUGAUCCACAUCUGGUUGUGUGGAUCCCCCGCUUAGAAGCAUCAGCAACAGGCUCCUGGAGUGACCUUUGCUAAGGCGCCUCAAGCGUGUGCUGAACGCCUAUGCCAGUUGCAACCCAGAGAUUGGCUACUGCCAGGGCAUGAAUUAUGUCGCGGGCUUGCUGCUGCUCGUCUCUCACAAUGAGGAAGAGAGCUUCUUUGUCUUCACCCAGUUGAUGGAGCAUGAGGACUUCGGCCUCGCGGGCUUCUAUGUGGGUAAGUCGGGGCUCUCAACGUGGCACCGGUCUUCAACGUGGCGAGGAGAGAGCCAUGGAGAGCCCGGAAGGCUGCCGCUCCUCCGGCGCUACUUGCGUGCCUGCGAGAGCCUAGUGGCUGAUACGCUCCCCGAGCUGCGAGAGCACUUCAUCAAGCAGAGCGUGCAGCCGGCGGUGUACCUCCACCAGUGGUUUCUCACUCUCUUCAUCAACUGCUUCCCCAUUUCGAUGGUCAUGAUCCUUUGGGAUGUGAUUAUGUGCGAGGGCCUUCCCGUGAUCUUGCGCAUCGCCGUGUCCAUCCUGCAGGUACUGAAAGACUCCUUGCUGUCCAUGGAGUUCGAGGACAUCAUCAAAUUUUUCAAGAUGAUGAAGACCUAUCAUGACGAGGAUGGGGAGCUCGGUGCAGUGAAGAUUGGUCAGCUGUUAAUGAAACACACCGAGCAUGUACAUAUUCCCGACGACACCCUGCAGUGCCCGUGGAGAAGCUUUUCGAUGAAGAUUGUUGUGGGUCAUCACUCGUCAUUGCCUGCAAGUCAUGGUUGGCGCUCCCACAGAUGACUUCGAGUUGUUCUUGUUCGAGUAGAUAGAAACAUGUCCUUUUCCUGCAAAAGACCUCCCCGGUCUAUUUACUCCUUAACAGCAGGUGGACACGUGCAGGAUUUAGUAGAACUUCCUCGUCAAAGCUGCAGGGUAGAGUUUCAGCAGAGCAGUUUUUUGAUGCCUGAGUUGUUGGUUGCACAGGGCACCAACCCCACCAAGCCACGUUCUUUUUGAGCUUGUAGGGAUGGUUUUGAGGCACCUUACCACUAUCGCUUUGAGAGUCCUAGAUCGCAUCCAUGACUUCCCUG